AUGGCCGCAUCCAUGAGAGCGCUGCUGCGGAGGGCGAUCCGUUCUUCUCACAGGAACGUCGGUAUCGCCGCCGCCGGAGCUGCCGGUCCGUCCGGUUGCUGCCGGCCACCGACGACCUGUCGCUGUUCCAGCGAUGUGGCCGGAGACAGAAGCACACACUUCGGUUACGAAACGGUGCCGGAGAGCGAGAAGGCGAAGAAAGUGUACAAGGUGUUUGAGAACGUGGCGCAGAAGUACGACACCAUGAACGACGCCAUGAGUCUGGGGAUCCAUCGCCUGUGGAAGGACAUGCUGCUGCACGCCAUGCACCCGCAGCCCGGCGUGCAGCUCCUGGACGUGGCGGGCGGAACAGGUGACAUCGCCUUCCGCUUCCUGGAAUACGUUCGCGCUCGGCGUGAGCGGCGGGCGGCGCUGUCCACGCAGACGCUGUUGUGGCGCCACGUUACCGACGACUACGCCGCCGCGGGGGGCGAGGCCGGCCCCCCGGAGUCCCGGGCCGUGGUCUGCGACAUCAACAAAGAGAUGCUCCGGGUGGGCAAGCGGAAGGCCGACGGCGCGGGCAUCGGCGCCGGUCUGUCGUGGGUGGCGGGCGACGCCGAGGAGCUUCCCUUUGGGGACGACCAGUUCGAUGUUUACACCAUCGCCUUUGGCAUUCGAAACGUCACCCGCAUUGAUCAGGCGCUGCAGGAGGCCCUCCGGGUCCUGAAGCCCGGCGGUAGGUUCAUGUGCUUAGAGUUCAGCAAGGUGACCAAUCCUGUGUUGUCCAGACUUUAUGACGAGUACAGCUUCAAGGUGAUCCCCGUCCUGGGGGAAGUGAUCGCUGGAGACUGGAAGUCGUACCAGUACCUGGUGGAAAGCAUCCGCAAGUUCCCCGACCAGGAGGAGUUCCACCACCUGAUCGAGGACGCCGGUUUCUGCUGCGUGAAGCACCAAAACUUCACCGGCGGAGUCGUGGCGCUUCACUCUGGCUUCAAGCUGUGGGGCGCCCGCCGGACCUCAGGGCUGCCCGCUCUGAUGCCCGCGUGAAAAGACCCAGAGCGCCUCAAUGACUGAAUGGCUUACUGGUUUAUUUCCUGCAGAUUUGUCCUUUUUUCAAUGUGAUUUGGACGAACAGCGCCCCCUGCUGGUUCAGUCCCUUUGUGGGUUUUUUGUCUUUUUAUUUCAUCUAAAGUAGAGCAAUGUGUGUAAAUGAGAACAAAUAAAUAAACAUAUGUUGUGACUGUUGGUGAGUGAGGGAAACUAUUUAAGUGCACUUGGUUUCAAAAGAAUAUAAAUUGAAACAAUUUCUCAGUAUCUGAACUUAUUGUUUUUUAAAGCUACAAAGGGCAAACAUUAUUAUUAUAUAAGUUGUAUUGUUUGUGAGAAUGGACAUUCAAAUGUUUGAAAAAAAAUGUUGCCAUAAAAGUGUAAUGAAUAUCAGAACAUGUCACUGAUGCCUGAGUGUUAUGGAAAAAAGUCACUAUCGUUUUUUUUAUUUUUAAAUACAGAAUUUAUUAAAAUCAUUGCACAUUUG